UUUACGACACCUUACAUUUCAAUUUACGACAACACGUCAAAAACAUGGCGGACGGAAUUGAUGACACUAGCUGGGUAACAGACCUUGAAACAGCACUAGUUGAAAGCUGUGAUUUUGGAACUAUAAGAAAUAUCUGUAAAUGUCGGACUGUUCCUGAUCAUCUGAGAGCAGAGGUUUGGCAGAUCUGCCUUAAUGUCCAAAAUAAAGGGGAUGCUCUCAGUGCAUUUGAUGGACUGUAUGAUCUGGAUGAACAAGGAAUUAUCAGAGAAGAUUGCAGAGCUCUAGUUGACAAGCUGGGCAAUGAAGAGGAAGACAAGGUGUCAAUAGUCAGUGAUCUAGAAUCUAUUGUGACAUUUUUUUCAAAAUCCAGAAAUGAAAAAUAUUCAUCAGAGAAUGGAUGGCUUGAAGUCAUACAGCCACUGUUAGCUCUUAAAUUAAGAAGAGCCCAGAUUUACAACUGCUUUUAUUCCAUAGUGAACAAGUUCAUUCCUAGAGAUUGUGUGAAGGGAGGAAAACCUUUCCACCUGUUUCGCUUGCUUCUACAGUACCAUGACCCCGAGCUGAGCUCUUUCCUGGACACGAAGAGGAUACUACCCGACCUCUACUGUCACUCCUGGUUCAGAAGUUUGUUUUCUGCACCAUGCGACCUACAAGUUAUACAAGUGAUGUGGGAUGUGUACUUUCAACAUGGGGACCAGUUUCUAACUUUUUUCAUGGCUCUUGUCAUUUUGGUAAAUGCAAGAGAUCAGAUAUUGACUGGAGAAUUGGAGUCCAAACAAUCAAUUGCAGAAAUGCUGGCAUCCUUUCCAUCAGGACUGGAGGCUGAAGACAUUGAGGACUUCUGUGCUUUAGCACAAUACUACGCUUCUAAAACCCCACAGUCGUUUAGAAGGGAUUACCAGAGUCCAUUAUUUGGUAAUAAUUUGAUACCUGGAAAAAAAGAGGAUCUACAAGUUUCACAGGCAUUGUGUUUACCUGUGUCUGUGGCAGAACUUCUCCAAAACAACAACCUCGCAGGGGGUGAUGGUGUUCGGUAUUUCGUGGUGGACUGUCGUCCCGCUGACCAGUACAACAGUGGACAUUUGUCCACCGCAUUUCAUCUGGAUGCUAACCUUAUGCUACAAAACCCAAAGGAGUUCAGCACUGCAGUACAGGCAUUACUUGCUGCCAAGCAACAGUCCAUCUCUUCAGGCUCUGCUGCGGGAGGGGAACACCUGUGUUUUAUCGGCAGUGGGAGGGAGGAGGAGGACCAGUAUGUUCAUAUGGUUAUAGCCAACUUCCUGCAGAAACACUACCAGUAUGUCAGCUUUGCAAAGGGAGGCUAUCAAAGUUUACAUGAACUGCUAAAAGAUAGACUCUCUGAAGGCUUAUCCAGUCACAAUCCCAAACACUGCAUAGUCUGUAACCCCGAUGCAUCACACAACUCUAGUGAUUUGGAGAAUGGCGAGGAUUUUCACAGAUCAGGAAAGGAGGAAGAAAAUGGGGAAUCAUUUUUUGGAAAAUUAACCUCUACUGUCAAAAGCAAGUCAGCUGUAAUGAAGCAAAAGCUAACAGAUUAUAUAAAGAAUGAACACCAAACACAAGAAAGCAGGCAUGUCAGCAAUACAGAUCGUGUGGGCAAGAGAUAUAGAAACAUGGCAAAUGUUUUCUCUAUUGGAGAUGAUGACGAUGGUGAUGACGUAGGUGAGAACUCUUCAGAUGAUGACAGAAAGGAGGUUGUAAAUGUAGAAGUCUGGCUGAAGAAACCGGACAUCAAGUACUCCUGUAGAUGUCAAGAGGUCAUAGGGAAUGGAUAUAUGUUUCCAAGCCAUUUACUGGUAACAGAUACUCAUUUAUAUGUGCUCCGAGAAAUUCAAAACAGAAAGAACAUGGCCCACAUUCAAGCACGCCGAGCUCUAGGAAGUGUCGUGAAAAUAACAUCGAAAAGGAAACACCCAGACUUUGUGACUUUUAAAUAUGGUUCGGUUGAUGGAGAGGAAAUCCAGGUGACAGACAUUGACAGAUUCUUGCUCCCACAGGCAGCAGAGGCAACUAAAAUCAUUAAACAACAGAUUAUCAAAGUAUUGGAUGCAUUAGACAGCUGAUUGGUCAAUUACUGAAGUGUGUUUUUUUUUCUAGACUGAAUUCUAAGAAUGUGUGAAAUUAUCUACAUGUACUUGUAAAUGUCCAUAGAACAAAUUAUGAUAAGUCUUACAAUAUGGUAAAGUAGCAAACAGCUUUUCCAAAUGAAGAAUGUGACAGUGUUUUAAAUAUCUAAUAUAAAUCUAUAUGCCUACAUGUAAUACAUGUACAUUUCAUUCAUGCAAGCAUAAUUGUAUCUUGUUUCACAAUAUUAUGAAUGUUUUUAAAAAAAGUAAAGAUUUAGGGUUUACAAUGCUAUAAAAUACAUGUAUCAUCAUACAGUGUAUUGCCUUUGUUUCUGUAAUGCAGUCCCCUUGACUGUGUGCUGCAUAAGUUAUUUUUAACAUUGCAUAUCAGACUUCUUUGUUAAUUUUGUAUAGAGGUGUAACUAUGUAUUAUUAUAUUUACUUGUAUUUUAUUUAUUUCUUAUUGUUUAUUUUUUAAGAUUAAACUUGUUUUCUUUUUUCCUUUAUUUGUAUCAGUUUCUUAUAGGCAUGAUACAUUAUCAAUACUCUUUCUUUUUUUUGAUUCUCUAUAAGAUUCUGUUGCAUUUCUGUCCAAAAUAUGACCCAAAGUUUAAAAAAGAAAUGCAGAUAUAUUCCAAAUAAUAUUCCUUUUUCUUCUGCACAUUCAGAGCAUUCUGAGUCACCAAACACAUGUCUAGAAAUGCUUUUUUGUGUUUCUAAAUAAAUUGUCAUUGGACCAAGGGCAUGAUGCAAUACACGGUCAGCAAAAUACAAUAGAGAAACAAAGAAAGUGUAAUUUUCCUGCUUGGAUUUAAUAUACACCCACCUUGGCUUAUUAUUUUGUUAUUAUUUGUAUUUACUCAGUGGCCUACUUGUACAUACAAAAGUUAUGUCAUCCUCAAUGAUUGUAAUAGGACUACUACUAUGCGUAUAUGUAGCUAAAAAUGGAUUUUGUGACUCAUUUGUUUUAAGCAGAAAUGUGGUCUGCUGUGUUUUGAAAGCUGUUCUUGUUUAGUUACUGCAAUGCAAUAGUGCAUUAUCUGUCAAAUCUACUUGAUUUUGAUCAAUUAAAAUAUCUUUAAAUGAAGAAAUUCGAAAAUUUUGUAGUUAUUAUGAUUGCCCUUCAAUAAUUUCUAUUUUAAGUAAACUAGUAAUUAUGCACUUAGGCACCAGAUGACAUUAUAAAAAAUAGUUUUGGCAUUAUUAUAAUUAGGAUUCCAAAUAAGACAAACAGGUUGACAUGAUAAACAGGUUUGUGGGUUUCAAAUUUUUUUUUUCAGUUGAUUUUUAAGAAUUAUCUGACAAUAUCAAAAAACUGUGACGUGUUUACCGACUUUUUGUUCUAUUUCUGCGUUUCGAGGAAUUCCGAGUUUCAGUGUUGGUUGUUUUGUCCUGUUUUUUUUUAAUGUUUAAUUUGUGUACACUUGUUUUAUUUUGAACAGAAACACCACACACAAAGUCACUCUGUAACCUAUUUAAUUAUAAAAUUUAGAUGAUAUAUGAAAAAUUCAAGAUGUCAUCUUACUUUGAGACAUGUUUAAGACAACAAAAUGAUCUCUUGAAAUUGAGUUGGUUGUGCAUAAAAAAUAGAAUACUUUUCAAUGGUAUUUCAUGUAUGUUACUAUGACAAUUAACCACUAUUACAAAGAUAUUAAUCCUCUACAUUUUGUAUAAUUAUCUUAUUGAGAAAAAACCCAGCUUAUAUGUUUAUUUAUAUUAGCGUUGCUAAAAGUGCUUUCUCAGUUAUAAAUAUUCCAGUGUAAUAGAAACAUUAAAAAACCUUGAAUUUACUGUA